CGCAAAAAGGUCAAUUCGCUAUCGAACUGGCAACCAUGAACCCACAACAUCAACCCCAGCAGCAGCCACGCCCGGCCUAUCACGUCACGUCUGCCAUGAAUCCGAGGCCACCUCUGCAGAAUGGACCGCUACCACCGCUAUUGCAGCAAGGUCCUGCUCAGAAACGGCCUUCCAUUCCGCAAGCCAACUCAGGACCUGCUCGCCCACAGCUCGCUCAAGGCUCAGCACCGGUUCCGCCCACCCUCGGAUUCCCGCCUCAACCGUCUCAGAACGGCAUUCCUCCUCAAUACCAACGCUCACAGCCCGAGAGUAGUACUGGAGGGCCGUCAAAUCUCAAGGUCACUCAACCUAAACCAAGUGGGGGAAAGUAUUCGAAACCACUCGAGGUCAGGACCGAUCCUCGAGCUGUCGUCUCUAAGCUACUCUAUGUUCAUGGCGAUGUCGAGACUCCUAACACAGAGGCGGUCGACUUUGUCCUCGACAUGGCCUACGAUUUCAUGGUCCAGCUCAUGAAUCCCGGCCCAGCACCCAAACCCUCUCCACCCCAUUUCAACUCGACAUCCCAGGCACAGACCAUCACCACGUCGACCCUCCGGCAUCGUCUCCGCGGGCCACACAAUCGCAAGAAACUCGCCGUCCUACAAGAAGCCAUCAUCAAACAAAAGCUCGCUGCGGACAAGGCCAAGAAGGCGGCGGUGGUCGAGAAGAAGACUAAGCGCAAGGUCGGCGGAGAGCAGGGCGAAGCGGAGGUGGAUGUUGAGGAUUUGGCUGCUAAUCUGGAUAUGCCCGGGAUGAGCGGGUUCGGGGGGAUCUACUGAUCCUUUCCGUACGAAUCUCUGUGGAUGAACGAAACGAUUUACGACUCUUAACGACA